AAUGCAAAAUAAUUAAAAUUCAGAAGUUUAAUCUUAAUUCCCUGUCUUAAUAUCCCAAAACUAUUUUUAAAAUGAAUACGAUUAGGAAUUAGAAAUCUUAGAGAUAGAAGCAGAAAAGCAAUGUUUUUCUCAGUUAUUUGACGAGCUUUGUGCUUAUUCUAUUAAUCCAUAGGAAGAAACAUCUAUUCAAAAGAAGUAAGAAAGCUUAUAUGAUUCUCUUAUUAGAAAGUGUAAUAAAAUCAACAAAUUCAGAAAAGGAUCCAACAAAAUCCUGAAAAAACAACAAGAAAAGAAAAGAAAGGAACAAUUAAUUGACCAAAUCUUGUAAAAACAUUAAAGAAGAGACUUUAAUGAAUUUAAAUAAAAGAUGUUUAUAGCUGAGUGUAAUACAGAAGAUAUUCAGGAAUAAUAAGGGGAAUGGCAUUAAGAUCAUUAAGAAUAAGUUUAGGAGCAUGUUGUCAUUCCCCUUGGUUACGUCAAUGAUUGUAAAGGUAAAAUUUUUGAAUAUCUUGUAAUUUAGAUUAAAUGCUCCUAAACAAGAGAAUUAACAAGGUCAACAAUAAUGACAAUUGUUCCAAGUUAAAUAAUAAUUAUGAAAUCAACAAUAAUUCAUUAUUAAUGAACGCAUUUAAUAUACCAAUAGCAAAUGCACCCAUAUUACCAAACCUUUGAGUU